AUGUCGGAACAAAGAACCAGAUAUGCAGAUAGCAUAUUGACCACGAAAAGUCCUUAUGAAGCCACUGAAACUAUCAGGAUCAGACUGUCGCAGGUCAAAUUGCUAAAUAAAGACUUCUAUCUAUUAUUUAAGGAUUUAUCCAACUUGAAGAGAAGUUAUGCUCAGCAAUUGAGAAAAAUAGUAGCAGAAAACGAAGAUCUUACUAAGAUCUUAAAUGCUCAGAUGCUUGAAAACAAUGUCUUGACUCCACAGGAAAUGAGUGAAUUCAGAUUUGAGUCAUUGGGAGAACUGAGAAAUUUGUGGGAUACAGUCAUUGAAGAGUUGAAAACGGACUUGAAAUCAAGUACUGAAUACUAUAACACUUUGGAUAACCAAGUCGUUCAUGAAUUGAAGGAGUCUGUGGAGAACAAUACUAGUUGGAGGGAAAGUAAGGACUUGCACUCGAAGCUGAGCAAAAACGCUGCUUCAAUUGAACACUAUAGCAAGCAUGAAGGCAACUCCAGCCAAUUGGAAGAAGCAAGAAGACAAUGGGAUUUACAAAGCCCAUACCUGUUCGAAUUGUUCGAAACUAUUGAUUAUAACCGCUUAGAUACUUUGAAAAACUGUAUGUUGAGAUUCCAAACCGGUUUCAGCGAUUAUUUAUUGAACACUACCAAUGAAUGUGAAACUGUGAUGACAAAAUUUUUGGCAUUUGAACCUCAAAGUGAAAUUGACCGUUUUGCCAGAGAUGCAAGCCAAUAUAACUUCAAGCCGUCCUCCACUUCUAAAUCAGCGAUUAUGAAUAACGCCCCACCUGCCUCUGCCGCCACUGCUACUCGUUCAACUUCAGGCUCAGACGGUACACCCACCUUAGGCACUGAAAGGGAUAAAAAAUCCCCACAAAAGGAGAAGCGCAAGAGUACAUUUGGAAACAUCGGCCAUCGCCUUGCUUCUGCGUCUUCGACUCUUACCCAUAAUGAUCUCAUGAAUAAUGAAUUUUCAGACUCUACAAAUAAUAAUUCUUUGAAAUCGAAGAAAUCAUCUCAUACUUUAAGAUCUAAAGUGGGUUCAAUUUUUGGUAGAAACAAAACUAAAAAUAAGAGACAACAGCAAUCUUCAUCAAACUCUUACAUCCAAGAGACUAUCACAGAAUCUCCAAAUAAUUCUUCGACUAGGGUCUCUUCUACUGCCACUUCUUCUAUUUAUCAGAAACAACGUCAACCCACAUAUUCAUCUUCAAAAUCAAACAAUAGAACUCCAGCCGGCAGUACUGACACUCCACCGCUUCCUCCCCAUGCUACUCCUAAUAACGUGGAGCUACCUGCGUCCACCGAUCCAGCUCCUAUUUCUACACCAACUUCAGUGCCUAUUACGAUGAUGCAACAGAGUUCCUCACCUGCCGCACAAGAAAGUCUCCCAGACGAUUCUUCCAAAUCGGUGCUGAUAUCAAUAUCUCAACCUCCACUACAACCACAGUCAAAAUCUAAGCCUUUACCAGUUGAACCUGCAUCCCCUGGUGUUUCGAUUCCUGCCACUACUACUGAUAGCCUGUCUUCGGUACAAAUGGAUUCGAGGCCUUUGCAUAUUCGUGCUCCUGCUUUGCCACCUUCAAGGAAGCAAAAUGCAAUUCAGAAUAGAGACUCGCAACUCUAUGAAACAUUGCCUACGCAUGGUCCAGGAUCUAUUCCUACUUCUUCUUCAUUAUCCUCCGUACCUCAAGAGCGCCCAGCUUCCGUACUUGCCUACCAAAUUACUGGUGACUUGAAAGAAUUGAACCCUCAAGCCACAGGCUCGUCAACCUCCUUAGUGGGGCAAUCAUUGUUUCAGCACUCUUCUCUGGAAACAUCCCACCUCGGUUUGAACGCUAGUAUCGCAGAAGUGCUCAACGCUUCCUUCAAAGACGGCAUGUUGCAAAGCUCUCAACUUAUCGGUGAAAUUGCUCUGAAUUACGUGCCCAAUUCCGUCAUGAAUACACCAAUACCUAUUGGCAUUAAUUUGAAGAUUGAUAAUGGCGCUAAUUUUGAGAAAGUAAUCUUAAAUCAAGCCUUUAUCGAGCGUGUGGCCCCUGAAGAAUUUAAAGUAAAUCCAUCAUUCAUUGAUUCUAGAACUUUAGGCGCUAUCAAAUACUCUAUAAAGGCGCCAGUCGCCCCUAUUGUCAUCCACCCGGUUUGGAGAUUUGAGCCUCACCAGGCUAGUGUUGUACUGACUGUUAAGAUGUCGACGAGCUUACCUGAGGAGAUAUCGCAAAUCACAAUAGAAGAUUUGGUUGUUUUUGUGAACAUUGACGGUGCUAACGCAACAAGUGCUCUAUCGAAACCUCAGGGUUCGUUCAGUAAAGAAAAGAAGAGAAUAACGUGGAGAUUCAAAGAACCACUUGUCUUGCAAAGAAAUGGCGAAGGCCAGAGAUUGAUCGCGAGAUUUAUUACAGACACCUUAGCACAUGAAUCUGCCAAGGGCGUGAUCACCAAAUUCAGCAUUAGUGAAACAGAUAACACAAUGAUGCCUCACAGUGGUGCUGGUAGUGGUAUUUCUUUGACUUGCCAGGAAUUAGAUGAAAACAACCCAUUUGGGGGUGACUGGUUGGAUGUAAACACAAAGAGAACUUUGACCACCGGUAACUACCAUGGUCUGGCCUGA